GCUGGCCAGAGACUCCGCACCAGACCCAAGAGGCCAGACAGCUUGAACUUUUCUCUGCACCAGGUCCAGCCUCCUUUGAACCAUGAGUUCCCACCAGCAGAAGCAGCCCACCAACCCACCUCCCCAGCUUCAGCAGCAGCAGGUGAAACAGCCCUUCCAGCCUCCACCUCAAGAACCAUCUGUUCCUAUAACCAAGGCGAUAUGCCCCCCCAAGGUUCCACAACCUGGCCCCACCAAGGUUCCACAACCUGGCCAAACCAACAUUCCACAACCUGGCCCCACCAAGGUUCCAGAGCCAUACUACCCCCAGCAUCCUCAACCAGGCCAAACCAAAGUUCCAGAGCCAUACAACCCCCAGCAUCCUCAACCAGGCCAAAAAGAUAUUUCAGAGCCAUACUACCCUCAGCAUCCUCAACCAGGCAAUCCUGUGUUUCCUGAGAAGGGUCACACCAAGCUUCCUGAGCCAGUCCACCCUAAAGUCCCUCAGCCUGGCCAGCCUCAGGUCCCUGAGCCAUUUCCUUCAAAGGUUACUCCUGGCCCAGCCCAGCAGAAGACCAAGCAGAAGUAAUGUGGACCACAGCCAUGCCCUUGAGGAGUUGAUCACCAGAUGCUGAAUACCUUCUUCCCUUCUGCUUCUGUGUCUUGAUUAUCUGUAGACCUAGUAAUCAGUAUGUUCUCACCAUCAGUCAGAACCUUUCUCUUAUUUGCAUCCUAAAAAAUAUUUGCUAUGAGACUUUUCCUUGCACACUCUGAAGAGUCCUCUGAGCCUCUGAAUUAUGCAGAAGGCCUGAGUGGCUCUGCUGGUCCUAUGUUGCUCAGGACUCACCUGAAGAGUCAGUCUGGAUGAGAACAAUGCCUGUUUCCUGCUCUGUCCCUAUUAAAGCACUUUAAUCCCA